AUGACUGGUCCGGAGUUUCUUGCAAACUUGCCAGAAGGCAUAUCAGCGUGCCCUUUCUUGGAGCAUGGCUGUCACAAAGUUGGAAGUGAGUUGGAUGUCAAAGUACAUAUACGCGAUGACAGAAUUUUUCAUCUUGUUUUGCUUUGUCGAGCCGUGCUUGAUCUGAAAGCGGCUCAAUUGAAGACUCUGCGUGAGCAACCGCAGAAAAUUAUGCGAACUGAGGAGCAGCUUACUCCAGCAUAUACUGUCCUGAAGAAGUAUGGACCCCAGUGCAUUUUUCACAUUCCUCAAAUCCACAACGUGAUAAGCGACGCGAGAAAAUCGGGCCAAAAUUUGGUUGUCAGUCAGCCUUUUGAAACACAUCGUUUUGGGUACAAAAUGACACUUUUGGUGGCGCCAUAUGGAGACGCAGAGGUAUCUCGCCAGUACAUCUCCAUAUUUGCAACAAUUGUCAAAGGCGACUACGAUGCCAUUCAGUGCUGGCCGUUCAAGCUUCCCAUAACUUUCACUCUGUACGCAGUGGAUCCAAAUAAGAACUUAGAAAGGGUGUUUAUACCAAACCCCACAGCCGAGAACGAUGCAUUUCUGGGAAGACCUAAAGGAGCUCGUAAUGCUGCAUUUGGAAUCCAGCGUUUUUGCGCUUUGAACGAUCUGGACAAUUACACCAUAAAAGGAGGCUUGUUCAUUGGCGCUCAUGUGGACUUGAGCGGUCUCCAUCGUGCUCGCCGAAUGCCGUCUGAUGAGCUAUGAACAUUUCGCUUUCACAGAGUUAUCUUCCAUGCUGAAACUGGGAUAUCCGAGAACGCUGUUGCAUCCAAUUUUCAACACAUUCAAACGUUUUCUCAUAAAUUCUAAGAAUAACUUUUCCAAAACGUGUUAGGGC